AAAUAGAUUUGAAAAAUUCAAUAUUUCGAAGCUAUUUCGGCGCUACUAUCCAUCGUUUGUGGCAUACUCAGGAGCAGCGAAACAAUAUAAAACAGAAAAAUGGCCGAUGUCAUGAAUAUCGACAGCAUAAUAUCACGUCUUCUCGAGGUGCGUGGGGCACGGCCAGGCAAAAACGUUCAGCUCUCUGAGGGCGAAAUUCGUGGGCUCUGCCUCAAGUCGCGCGAGAUAUUCCUCUCGCAGCCCAUUCUGUUGGAGUUGGAAGCCCCGUUGAAGAUUUGCGGCGACAUUCACGGUCAAUACUACGACUUGCUGCGACUUUUUGAAUACGGUGGCUUUCCACCGGAGUCAAAUUACUUGUUUUUGGGCGACUACGUCGACCGUGGCAAACAAUCGCUGGAAACCAUCUGUCUGCUCCUGGCCUACAAGAUCAAAUAUUCGGAGAACUUCUUCUUGCUGCGCGGCAACCAUGAGUGCGCCAGCAUAAACCGCAUCUAUGGAUUCUACGAUGAGUGCAAGCGCCGCUACAGCAUCAAGCUUUGGAAGACGUUUACGGACUGCUUCAAUUGUCUUCCCGUGGCGGCCAUUGUUGACGAGAAGAUAUUCUGUUGCCAUGGCGGUCUGAGUCCGGAUUUGACUUCGAUGGAGCAAAUCCGACGCAUUAUGCGCCCCACUGAUGUCCCGGAUCAAGGUCUGUUGUGCGAUCUGCUGUGGUCCGAUCCGGACAAGGAUACCAUGGGCUGGGGAGAGAACGAUCGCGGCGUGAGCUUCACAUUCGGAGCCGAAGUGGUGGCUAAAUUCUUGCAGAAGCACGAGUUCGAUCUCAUCUGCCGUGCCCAUCAGGUGGUCGAGGAUGGCUACGAGUUCUUUGCGAAGAGGCAGCUGGUCACCCUGUUCUCGGCACCCAACUACUGCGGUGAAUUCGACAAUGCUGGCGCCAUGAUGUCCGUGGACGACACACUGAUGUGCUCGUUCCAGAUCUUGAAGCCGGCAGACAAACGUAAAAAGUAAUAUCUUUUAAACCCAACAAGUCCUUUUCUAUAUAAAAAAAACAUAAGAAACAACCCAAGAGAAAAUAAAAAUGCAAAAAAUCACAUCGGAUCGUGGAUUGAACGUAUGUAUCAGGCCAAGUCGAAUUCUACAAACAACAACUACAUACCAACACAGCAACAGAAGGAAGAGUGCCUCCUAGCAUCGAACACACACACAAUCCAGUCCAGUCCAAUCCGACGACCCAAUGACCUGGACAGACGUCAAAUGGAGUUUUAAUCAAUUGAGAUUUGAUUCAAAUUACAGAACAAAACAAAAACAUUUGACAAACA